GAUGGUGGGUGUAGUACUGCAGUCUGUGUCAAAUACAGGAAACGGUAUUUUUGUUCCUUCGAUAUCGUACAGUUCUGAGUGAAUUCUCUCCUCGAUUGAGAACACGAGUAAUGCUGUCGUGACAUUUGCUCGAAAGAGUUGUGCCGCGAGGAAGGCAACGUUGAUUCUGGUAUCCUGCGUAUCUCGGGGAAACGACAGCAUUUUGCAGCCGACAACUCUUCUAGCCAUUUUCGUGGUCCGAUACUAAACAAACGUGUCUCCUGUGGCCCGCAAUGGCGGAGACAAAUGGAGCCGCGAAUUUAAAUAUGAAAAACGGGAAUUUCAUCUGUGGCGUCGUCGAAGGUUUUUACGGCCGGCCUUGGACCACCGAACAAAGGAAGGACCUGUUUCAAAAACUGAAAAAAUGGGGAAUGGACUCCUAUUUGUACGCGCCAAAAGAUGAUUAUAAACAUCGCGCGUAUUGGAGAGAUUUGUACACAGUGGAGGAAGCAGAACAUUUAACGGGGCUGAUAACAGCUGCUAGAGAAUGCGGUAUUACGUUUUAUUAUGCUCUGUCGCCAGGCUUGGAUAUCACUUACUCGAGCACAAAAGAAGUUACCAUAUUAAAAAGAAAAUUGGAGCAAGUUAGCCAGUUUGGUUGUACUGCCUUCGCAUUGUUGUUCGACGAUAUAGAGCCAGAGAUGAGCGAAGCGGACAAAGAAGUGUUUCAGUCGUUUGCUCAUGCACAAGUUUCUGUUACAAACGAUAUAUUUCAACACCUUGGUCAACCUACAUUCCUUUUGUGCCCGACACAAUAUUGUGCUACGCGUGCAAUGCCAAAUGUAGCAUCCUCAGAAUAUCUCAAUACACUUGGAAGCAAAUUGGCUCAGGAAAUUGAUAUAAUGUGGACCGGUCCUAAAGUAAUAUCAAGACUUUUGACCGUUGAAUCCAUCGAGGAAAUUACCGAGGUUUUGAGGAGGCCACCGGUUAUAUGGGACAAUUUACACGCCAAUGAUUAUGAUCAAAAAAGGGUAUUCUUAGGGCCAUAUUCCGGCCGAUCUCCCGAUUUGAUUCCCAAAUUGAGAGGCGUUCUGACGAACCCUAACUGUGAAUAUGGAGCAAAUUUCGUAGCAAUUCAUACAUUGGCACAGUGGAGCAAAUGUAACAUCGAUGGAAAGAGAGAUCUAACCUUGAACGAUUCUGCCGACAUAAGGCUAGAAACUGAAACGGAGGACGGCUUGAUCGGCGAAGAUGUCCCUUCCACGAUGUCUCCGAAUAUGUAUCAUCCUCGACACGCUCUAAAAAAUGCCAUUAACGAUUGGUUACAAGAAUUUAACAAAAAGAAAGCCGUAUGGGGCGUCAUAGCAAAACCACAACCAUGUGUCGCUCCGACAAUCCCAAUUCCCAUAAUUCCUUCCGUGAAUACAUGUAUGAGUCUCACGUCGACAACGACGACUACUGUUUCCUCGACGCCAGCGCCAAUAACAACAUCCACUCACCUUCAAGCGUUGGCUGAAGUUUGUUCGAACGUGACGUCCAGUGACAAUUUUGUGCCACCUUCUGGUCCAGUUAUGAAUUCUUUAGUAUCCGACACAGCCGUUAUUAGCGAGCCCAUUAUUCCAACGAUUUCGACCAGCGUCGAACACGUCACAGCUUCGAACACUUUGUCGUCCAUAGAACCGAUGGAUUGCAACACAACGCCUAACAAUUCUCCGGCGCACGCGGCCAAGAUUCACACGGAAGACUAUGUUAUGAUAGAAAAUACUUCGACGUGCAGUGAAGCUUCCGGCAGCAUGCAAGUAGAAGUAGACAGUACUUCUCCCGUAGUAAAUGGUACUCAAAUGAUCGUUGAGAACGACAGUGAGAAUCAUGACGCGACCGAUCACGCUGAUCAGGAGUCUCCGGAUUCCAUCGACGCUGACAAACGAUUGAGGCAAGAGGAUUUAUCGUUACUGUGCGAUCUCUUUUAUCUGCCGUUCGAACACGGUGGUCAAGGUAUUCAAUUGCUACAAGAAUUUAAUUGGUUGAAAAGCAACGCUCACGUUGUCAUGAGAAAAGUGAAAGAGGACGAGGCUGUGUCGCAAUCCAAUAUCGAAGAAUGGCACGCGCGCGCGGCUAAAUUAAACGACAUGUGCAAUGCUGUAAAUAGAUUAUUUCAACGGCUUACAUAUUGUAAUAAUCGUGAGUUGCUAUAUGAUCUGUAUUCGUAUGUGUGGGAUAUGAGAGGGGUUGUAUCUCUCUUGAACAGUUACGUGAAAUGGUUGGCGUUUGGCAGAUUCCCGUCGACGAUGACAACGUUUACCCAGGGCAGCUACACAUGGUUCUCGAAUGGUUGGAAAGAAACGUUCAUGAGUGGGGAUCAAGAGCCAUGGGUAUUCCGCGGAGGACUAACAGCUGAUUUACAGAGAUUAAUACCUGUAGACAGCGGUAAUGAUUUGUUCGUUUACAAAGCACCGGAAGUGCCCAGUAGUAAAAUCUAUACGAUUAGACCCUACAUAGCAAGCGACGAAGAAGCGGUUUACUCUGUGUGCAAUAAAAUCUGUGGCUGUACGAUGCCGUCUGCAGUAGUGGAUAGAUUCCUCGGCGGUUUCUUAACACUGAGUCCAGAAAUGUGUAUGGUCGUCGAAGACGAAACCGGUAUAGUCGGUUACGCGUUGGCAGCCUUGAAUGUAAAGACUUUCAAACAAAAAAUGGCUGUUUCCGUAAUUCCUGAAUUGUGUAUGAAGUACCCGUUAGACGACAACAUAAAUGAUUUGCCACAGAAUGUUCAGGACGCGAUACGGUAUUUCCAUUCGUUUAACCCAAACGUGUCCGAACAAUUGUGUAGGCAGCAUCCGUCGAAACUUUUCUGCGCAGUAUUACCAAGCGUGACGGACCAGUCGGUCCCUAAAAGACUAAUCACCUGUAUUCUCGCCGCUCUGAGAGCAAACGGUUCCUUCGGUGUACACACCACGAUGUCGUGCACGGAGAAGGAAUCGCACGAGUUUUACAGUAAAUUAGGCUUCGUCGAUUUGAACCCGGCGCACGAGGAGCAUCCAGGUAUCAAAACAAUGUGUAGAAGCUUCUAACAAAGAGUGAGUACACCAGUGUUAUUUGUGAAUAAAGUAUACUUGCUCGGCCCGUCGUCGAAGAAGGCUUCUCUGUGACUUAGAAGCGCAUAGAAAUUAUUUAUUUCUAAAAUAAUCUAAGAGUAUUUCUGUCCAUUAUGUGUUUUUUGUACAAUGGACGGGAGAUUAUUUGGUCGAAGAAAUCGAUACCUUUCUAUGGGAAUACGAGAGAUAACAUAGGCAGAUUUCACGUCAUACGAUCCUCGAUGAUUCGUAAUUGCUUUCCGAGAUCCGUAACCCAGAAUGUCUGCCUUCUUAAAUUAUAAAAUCACCCAACUGUGUUUUAACGAUAUACGCGUACAUGCAAUGUAUAUAUAAAUUAAAUGGCGGCGACGUCCGCGUCCCCCGAGUAGAGAGAAAGAACGUGAAAGUGUAAAAUGUGCAAUAAUGAGCAUCAACGGAGCGAAUCGUCACAGAAUGGAGAAAAAAAAGAGGAAUCUGUUUAUUUUAUAAAUUUGCAUUUGUGUGUUACAACGCUAUGGAACUUCCGUAUACCCGGUAUGCUUGUGUAUUAAUAGGAAGUUUUCUUGAAAAGAAAAUGUAUAUAACGUGUUGAAUGAUGUAUGGUGGAUAAAAAGUAAUGCCAGUAUGCGUGUUCAGACGAUAAAUUGUCGAAGCUUUUUUAACCGGUUGAAAGAUAUUUUCUUAUCGUGACACUGACGCCACAAGAAUUGCGACGAAGGUGUUUUUUGUUUUAAUUUUUUUUUUUUAUCCGUGUUCCCGAGAAAGCAUUACCUGAUCCCACAGGUAUCUUAUCGCUUCGUAGUAAAAUUUUCACUACGAGGUGUACAUACUUUGUCCUCGGUACGCCUACCCACGAGGCCUUUUUACGUUCAAUGUAUCGCCUUUAAUAUUAUUGCUCCUAAUCGCGCAGAUUGGCUCCACGCUUGCAAUACAUAGACAUUUCUGUGUAUAUACCACCACAAGAUACGAUAUGUAGAAUUGUUUAGAAGAUAUUCAUUAUUUCAUUAGCGUCCAAAUGUAUCGGAACAGUUAAUUAAUCGUAAUCUGAAUAAGAUGAGUUCUUUUUUUUUUUAUGAGAUCGUUUAUUUUAAUGAUAAUAAUUGUUUGUCACAAUCGUCGGUAACCGAGUCACGGGUGAAAAGCAUGCAAAAUUGUCCACGUUCUGGAGAGAACGGUAAUUAUAAAUUAGUAACGAGUUUAUAACAAUUAGAUCGCUACGUUGCUGAUUAAAUACUAACGAAUUAGUUGCCCGUACUAUCUUUUAUGCGACAGUGUAUCAAAUGUACAGAAAUCAGUUGGAGAAGACGCUCACACGCACUCAUGCAACAGAAGAAAUGAAAUAAAAAUGGAGAUCAUAGAUAUUUGCCUUAUAACUAUUAUCAGUACUAUUAUAACAGACAGAUGUAUUGCGGACUGUGGCGUGAUCUUUUCAUUCUGCUCGAAACAGAAUCGUGCUAGGGUUCGAUGUAGUGCCAUGAACGAGAAAAUCGCGGGGCGUUCGAUCGUCGCGAAAACCAUUCGCGUAACUCGGAUCGAUUUUAAUUCGGAUUACCACUUUAUAGGAUUUUUAUACUCUUAAACCGCGCUUUUACGACGAUCGAACAGAGGGAAGCUGUCCUGACGGGAAUACUGGAAAGCAUUCUUUAUAAUUUCCGUCCUUUUUGCAGACUUAUUAAUAUUCUUUCACAAAUGGGGCACACUAUAAGUCUUCGCGAGUGUAACCAAGUGUUUGAAAAAGAAAUUUCUGUUUCCAGUACCAUUUAAUAAAACGAAGAAAUCAUCUAGAAAAAUUGGAUUUUCUCCUUAGUUUUUUAGGAACACACGUAUAACUGUUUCUCUUUUGUAUUACUAUAGGAAAGGAGAACUACGGAAUUGGACCCAACGUUCGAAUAAAAUUUGUAUCCAACAAGUUUUUACAACUUUUUUCACAGCUAUUAAGACUAUAGUAUGUCUCAUCGUCAAAGAAACUUUCCUAGGAUGAGUGCACAAUGAAUUGUUAUUAAGAUUUGUUUAGAACCACGUUUAUCUGGUGGAAAGUACGUUGAUACAUCUUCACAAAGGAUUCAGUUAACCCUUUAUAACCCCGUGUUGUCUCGUUAUUUUUAUUUUAAAGCAAAAGUUUGAGAAAUACAGUUAUCAGUGUCUUAUCAGAAACGAAAUAUAAUUUGGGUUGUAGAGGGUUAAUGCAAAUGAUUUUGUGCACAUCUCUUUUGUAAAGUGACAAACUGUUUAAUAUUUAUGUUCCCCAUCCAUCUUGGAAUCUUACGAUGCGUGCACAGUGAUGUUUCCAGUUAUCUCGUCGUGUAUUUGUAAGUGAUGUAUGUGUAGUUAACACUAUGGAACGAUAUGUGAUUACUACUGAUUUAUUUAAAUAAAUAUGUCAAGACUGAUACUUUUGGCGUGAUCGAAAUUGAAUAGAGCGGCUGUGCUGCAACGCAAACAAUGAUUUUCGCAGGAAUAGCUGAUAGACUUUGUUCAAUUUUUCAGAUGUACCGUUGCAACGUCGUUGUACUUUUGCAAAUUCUGAAUUUCAGUUUGGCAUUGUAAUAUC